UGGCUUAGACAGUCGACUUGACCAUCCGCCCCCCCGGUCCCGCAUCCCGGCCGCGCGGAAGUGCGUCGGGUGAUCACCAUGCCGCCCAAGAACGCUGCGCCCAAGAAUGCCGCGCAGCGGCAGACACCGCCGCCUGAAGGUGGCGAUGCUGCAGAGGAGCUUGGUGAUGACUAUGACAUGCCUGUGAUCGUGAAGGUGCGGCCAGAUGAUCAGCUCAACAUCUCUCCAGAGGACUUGGAGAAGGAAGUUCCACCUCGAGUGCUUUAUCCGCUGAACCCACGGGCAGCGCAUAACACCACGCAGUACUCCUUCAAAGAGAAGUGCUUCAAGGUGGAUGAGCAGGUAGAUCAAGUGGUCAUGCAUUUUGCAAUGGACGGCCUGAUCUUAUUAAAGGAAAGCCCAGAGGCCAUGGAUCAGAUCGAGGUCUUUGAGAAGAAAGAAGCGGAGCAGAAUGAGAAGGAAGAGGCUGAAGCCAUCGACGAGGAUUUCGACCCGCCAGAGAACGAGAAGGAGAUUCCGGUUAAGAAUCCCUUGCGCAAUCAGUUCAACUUCAGCGAACGUGCCGCGCAAUCGAAGAACGCCAUCCUGCGUGAACGCUCCUGGACGACCGAGCCUCCGCCCACGACCAGGAACUAUGGCACGGUCACGCAAUGGGAGAUUUUUGAUCAGUACAUGGCGGAAAUCGAAGCUGCCAAGGAAAAGGAGAAAGAUGAUAAGAAGAGCGGAAAGUCCGCUUACGACGACAUGUCGGAAAAGAAGAAGAAGUCAGACUCGGAUCCGACCUACUCGGAAAACAUGAAGCUCUCCAUUAAGAUCAUGGAACGCAUGGUGAACCAGAAUGCAGAGAACGAGGUCUACCAUGACUUCAAAUACUGGGAGGACCGCAGUGAUGAAUUUCGUGACGGUGAGGGCACCCUGCUGCCCUUGUGGCGCUUCUCCUCGGAAAAGGCCAAGAAGAAACAGGUCACUUGUAUCAAAUGGAAUCCUCACUAUAGCGAUCUGUGCGCCGUGGGCUUCGGAUCCUACGACUUCAUGCGGCAAGGCACGGGUGUCAUUUGUUGCUACUCUCUGAAGAACACACGUUUCCCAGAGUAUGUCUUCAACACCGACGCGGGCGUUUGCUCACUCGAUUGGCAUCCUGCACACCCUGCGGUCCUGGCCGUGGGCUUGUAUGAUGGCACCGUUUUAGUCUACGAUGUGAGGGCCAGAACGAAGAAGCCAAUCUAUCAGAGCACUGUCCGAACCAACAAGCACACGGAUCCCGUUUGGGAGGUCCGAUGGAACAACGAUGAGUCCACUGGAGCUUUGAACUUCUACUCGAUCUCCUCAGAUGGCCGUGUCUCGAACUGGUUCUUGCUCAAGAACAAGUUGGAGAGUGAAGAAGUCAUGGAACUGAAGCUCAUGGGCAGCCCUGGCACUGGCGAAGAGGACGAGACUUCCUUGGCCGGGCUUGCAGGUGGCCUUUGCUUUGACUUCCACUCGCACAGUGACCACAGCCAUCUUUUCCUGGUUGGCACGGAAGAGGGUCGCAUCCACAAGUGCUCCAAGGCCUUCAGUGGGCAAUACUUGGAGACCUAUGAGGGCCACACCAUGGCGGUGUACAGCGUGCGUUGGAACCCGUUCCACGAGAAGAUUUUCAUCUCGGCCAGCGCAGAUUGGACCGUGAAGCUGUGGAAUCAUGAGAAUCGCUUCGCCAUCCUGUCGUUCGAUCUCUCACAGGCCAUUGGAGACGUCGCUUGGGCGCCCUAUAGCUCGACCACCUUCGCAGCGAUCACCUCCGAUGGUGCUGGGGGAUCCACCAGUGGCGUCGUGCACGUCUAUGACCUCUCAGUGAAUCGAAAUGAUCACAUUUGCGCUCAGAAGGUGGUGAAGCGCGCCAAGCUGACGCAUGUGGCCUUCAGCAAGUCUGAGCCCAUCAUCAUCGUGGGCGACGAUCGGGGGGGAGUGAACACGCUGAAGUUGUCGCCCAACCUGCGAAUCGACGUGGUUAGGACAGAUGAAACAGAUCAGAACCUCACUGACAUGGACAUGCAGCUUCAAAAGAUGGAGCACUUGCUGGAGAUGGUCACGGAGACGAAGACCACCUGAGGAGUUCGAGCUGUACAAUACGCGAUGCGCGACGUGUAGGGGCCGGAAGCACGAUUUGUUUCACAGGCCAGUUGGGUCUGGCAGGAUCAGUUUGUGGAAGCCACAGUUUCCAAUAAGAUGCUGAGGACUAGAGGAGAUUUGGGUUUCCCAAGAUGCU